GUGAGAGGGGAGUGAGCCCGUUUCAAGAACAAGAUGCUUCUUAGGCUUGCAGCUGUAAUCACGCUCACGCUCUGCGUCGCCGCCCACGCUUCUUCCUGUGCUCCCACUGCAAUUACCGACACGGCGACGUAUCAUGGAACUUACAAGAGCCACGUAGAAGCCUUCCUUGGUGUACAGUACGCACAAGACACCAGUGGAAAGAAUCGUUUCAAGCCUCCGAUACCAUUUGUGCCCUCAGGUCUUCUCGAUGCUACCAGCCCUGGCCCAGCAUGUCCGCAGCUCCUGGGGACCAACAGUUUGCCCUUAUAUCUGGGCAAUAUUACUGCGACAUCGGAAGACUGCUUGCGAUUGAAUGUGUUCCGACCCAAUGGUACCACCGCUGGAGACAACUUGCCCGUAAUGGUGUAUAUACAUGGAGGUGGCUUCAAAACCGCCUCCAAGGAUGAUCCAGUCUCGCAGCCAGGAGGCAUGAUCUUGCUGUCUAUCGACAACGGCUCUCCCGUCAUAUCAGUUCAGAUCAACUAUCGUUUGGGAAUUUUCGGUUUUGCACAGUCUGCCGCCCUGAAAGGGGACGGGUCCGAGAACGCAGGCUUGCGAGAUCAACGACUCGCCCUGGAGUGGGUGCACGAUAACAUUCGCCAUUUCGGAGGCAACCCUGACAUUGUACUUAUCCACGGACAGAGCUCUGGUGGACUUGCCGUGGGCAUGCAAAUGAUGGCGUACGGUGCCAGCAGACCCCAAAUAUUUCACAAAGCCAUUGGCCAAAGCCAGAUUCUCGAAGGGGGUAUCACUGGCAAUUUCACCCGCAACGCAAUGCAGGACGUGGCAGAUUUUGUGGGCUGCAACGCAACAAGCCUGGAUUCGGACGAUACUGUCAUGUGUCUGCGCAACCUCAGUAUGACAGAUCUAUUCGCUGCGCAAAAUCUGACCGCUACGAAUCUGAAUGUGGGAGACAUCUGGCUGCCUGUGGUGGACGGCGACUUUCUACCUGCUGCGCCAUCAGAGCUGAUCGCUUCCGGGAAAUUCUACAAUACGACCACUAUGAUCGGCUGGUGCGAGGACGACACCACAUACUUCAUUGACCCCAGUGUCGCCAACGCCUCAGCCACACAUGCAUACUUUGCAGACUAUCUCCCUGGCUUUUCCCCUUCCCAUCUGGAGACACUAUUAGACCUGUAUCCCGAGUCGGAAUUCGAGCCCGCAUACUUUCCCAACGGCACUGUCGCUCUGGCCAAAGAGGUCCGACGUGCGGGCAGGAUUCUGAGGGACAUCAUCAUGACAUGCCAGCCCAUCUACUUCGGCAGAGCGUUGGCCGCAGCCGGCAAUGAUGUAUAUCUCUAUGACCAAAACCAAACCUUCGUCACACCCAUCCUCGAGACGAACUAUUCACAGUACGGGUAUGGUGUUCCCCACACGAGUGAGUUCGCGUACAUGUUCGGCAAUCUGAGCCACUACGACAUAUACGACUUUCCAUUUGAGCCCCAAUCCGAAGACUACGCGUUGAUGGAGCGACAAAGCAAAUCGUGGACAUCGUUUGCGGCGUGGGGACGUCCCUCGAUCAAUGGGACAACGCUGCAAGGGUGGCACAGGGCAGACUUUGACGACGCGAACUAUGGAAUCCAGAUCAUUGGAGGACCACACGAGGGCUAUGCGGGUGUGAAUGGCAGUGAUUCUGCGCGGGAAGCUCUGAGAGGACAAAAGCUGCGAGAACGAUGCGGAUUUUUGACCUCGCCGGAGAUUGUCCAGCAGACGAACUAUUGAUUGCCUAGCUUACUAUAUGGAUCGGACAUGUUCGCGUGGUGGUUGAAGGUAAUGGUCCAGAACCUACUUACUGUAGGUACAACAACGUACACUCUGGAUGACAUUGAUAGCAAGUGAAUCCUGGCUAUAGUAGAACGAUUGUGCUGCAGCUGCCCUGCCGUACCUGCGUCUGCAAAGUGAAAAACCAGGCUUCCGUCCCACGUCGCACAGCUUUCCCCAGUGUUCAUGGACAGCGCAUCCCUGGCUACCAGAUCGAAAUGUCUUU